GAGAAAUAGUUUUGGCGUUUGAUUAUAUAAGGAAAAUCGUCAAGGUCUUUUGAAAGGCAAGUGGGGCGUGGCUAGUGGGUAACUGUUUUUACCACUUCUUUCAUAAAGGCAAGUUGAAAAUUGAUUGCAGGAAUAAAAUUAACUUGCCAUUUUGCCCUCAUAUUUUAACAAAAUUUGAAGCAAAUGAUCCCAGAAGUCCAACAGGAUUUCCAGAGGUUUCUAGCCCGUUAUACUAUUUUAUUAAACAUUCAACUUGUAGAUAUAUUUUUUGUGGGUAAAUAAAAAUUAAACUAAUAAAAAACCCGUUCUAAUCAUUGACAUUGGCAUAAAAAAAUCAUAGUCUGUCCUCGUGUUUUAAAAGAUGCUCAAUGAAGUGUUGUAUUUACAAAUUUCCCCCAGGUACAAACGCGAAGUGCAGACGAACCGAUGACGACAUUCGUUUACUGCCAAGAAUGUGGAAACAGAUGGAAGGUUUGCUUAAAAUCAUUGUCUAAUGCGUUUUAAAUGUGGUUUACAAUCAAUCUUAGUGCUUUGCGAGACGUUCACCUAUUCAUGGUUAUGUUUCUAUUUAUUUUUAGUUCUGCUGAUGACGUCAUCAUUGUCCCCGGAUCAAGACUCAACGACACAAAAGAAAUUUUUAGAGUUUAGCGAACAGACUUUAUUAUGAAACAGACUAUAUAAGAAUUUCUUGAAACUUUUGGAAAGUUUUAGUGAUGUACAAAGUUUCUAUAUACUUAAAGGUUUAGUUAUGUUCGGUAUAGUAUAUAAGCGAUAAACAGUGUAUAAAGGCCUGAUUCCACGGGCGCUUUUUCUCGGCGAAAUGCGAAAUAUUUCGCCUGUUUCUUUUGAAUUGUGGGCAAUCAAGUAGAAAUAAUUUAUUCGAGUGGUCGCAAUUCAAAAGAAACAGGCGAAAUAUUUCGCAUUUCGCCGAGAAAAAGCGCCCGUGGAAUCAGGCCUUUAGAGAUGUGAUUUUCUCUGCGUAUAUUUUUUCAAACAUUCAAGAUGAUCUAAAAUCAGCGCGCAUUGUGUGGGCGUAGCUGAAGGUGUGUUUGCAUUUCAAACUUAAAGAACUACAAAAUUUUGUGAAGAUUACAAUAGUUCACAAAAUUAUACUCCGUAUAUUAAAAUCAAAUGAAAAGAAGCAAAAAGUCACUUUUUGCAAAUCAAUGCGCAGUUUUAACUCGAAUGUUGACUAAUUGAAAACCACGAAAAAAGAACAGCAGACGUUUUUGAAACAGCAUUUGUCUCGCAAUUUAAAACAGUGUUAAAACCAGCUCUCCCUGGCUGUGAAGGUAUACAGAGCACGACCCCUCGGAAAAUGUAAAACUAUCUUGCGUUUAAAAUAAAAUCAGUUACCAUAUCUUCUCUGCCGCCAGUGGAAAGUUGACGCAAUAUCCACGAGUGGAAAUUGAUCAUAGCCUUGAAAGAGUGAUUGUUGAAAUGUCAGUAUACUACAGUGUCGUCGCUAUGAUUCCUGUAGCUGACGUAGUAACGCUAUUCUUCUAUUCUGUAGCUCACUUUCACUCUCGCUAGAUGAAGUAUUCCACUCGGUCUAGAAAAAAGAACAAUCUUUGAGCCUCUAAUAGUCAAACAAUUAUUUGUCGUCUCUUAAAUGAUGCCGGUAUGGUGAAGGCGUGGUAAAUAAAUUAAUGAAAUAAAAAAUAUUCUCUAGUUUGUUGUUCUUAGACUUGAAUGAAUAAUAUAUGUUGUGGAAUGUUUAUUAAAAAGCGUAAUCAAUACGAGAUGAUCCUUACUGGACCACUAGGAAGAACAGUUUAGAAAUGGCAGAGCUAUCCUGUAUAAAUAAAGUGAGCUUAGAUUUUGAUGUCGAUCGACCAAGAACUUGGAAAUCUUUGUUUACAAAGUGUCGCUCCUUUGACAUUACUUGUUCGUAAAGACGUAAACGUGUAAACUGUAAAAAUUAGUAUAAAAACUCUAAAAAGUUAUAAAAAAACAUAUAUUUUGUUAAGAGCAAAAGACAGUACUAGUGAGAUAAAGUGUCAAGAUGUUAUUAGAACGUAUAUUUUGGCAACGUAUAUUUACAAGCAUGCGCAGUACAAGAGAAACGAACACGUUUGUUUUUGAGAAUCGAAUCCAAGUUGACGUUUUAUAAAAUUUUUCCUAUUUUUAUUUGUAUUAUUUGGUGAAUACAUUUUCUACUUGUGUUUUGGUGGCACUGAAUUGGAUCUUAUUUAAGAUCUGUUGUCCUUUUCCUUCAAUCAUUUAUUAAUAUAUGUUAUUGAUUGUGAAGUUAAUAAAAAAAAUAAACUACCUUUUUCUUUUUUGGCACUUCCUCCUCAGAUUGUGAUUCGUCAGAUUCUUUUCUAGACUUUUCUUUCCGUUUCUUUUCCGUUUUCUUUUCUUUUUUCUUCUUCUCACUUCGUUUUUCUUUCUUUCCCUCUUUCGUUUUCUUCGUUUCCUUAUCGCGUGCUCUAUCGUCUUCUUCGUGCUCACGUUCUUCGUGUUCGCGAUCACGUUGCUCCUUCUCACGUGCACGUUCUUCCCGUUCUCGCUCUUUUUCGCGAGCUUUCUCCUCAUCGCGCUCGCGUUGUUCUUUCUCGCGUGCACGUUCUUUUUCGCGUUCUUCACGUUCUUUGCGUUCUUCACGCUCUUUGCGUUCUUCACGUUCCUUGCGUUCUUCACGUUCUUUGCGCUCCUCGCGUUCUUUCUCCUUUCGUUCUUUCUCUUCCUGUUCACGCUCUUUUUCGCGAGCACGUUCUUCUUUUUCGCGUUCACGUUCUUCUUUUUCGCGUUCACGGUCUUUGUCUUUGCGUGUUUCAUCAGAUUCGGAACCGGAUGAUGGCUAAAAGGCAGAACAGAACUGCUGUAAUAACAUCCCCCACGCUUAAAAGCAUGUAUAUAACAAACAUCUAUAAACCUACCGAAUGGCGACGUCUUUUCUUCGUUUUCUAUAAAGAGAUAAAAGAGGGAAUUAAAUAAACCACAAACAUGACAUUAAGUCAAUGAUUCAGACUUAUAUGCGGUUACGGUUCGACAACUGUCUUUCUG